AUGACAUCCAUCGACCACCGCUACCACCCGCACGUCCUGGACAUCAUAUUCGCAAUGGCGCCUCGAACCAGUCUCCUCGCCCUCCGCACGGCAAGCCGUACGUUUCGCGACAGGGUCGACCGUGCCCUCUGCAAGCACCUGUCGAUCUCUGUCGCACCAGGCGUUGAUCUCCUCGACAAUACCGAAGGACCUUUCGUCUCCCGCACACUCUCGCCCAUGCUCCAAGACCUCGUCAUCUUGGACGGUGACGGCCGACGUUUGCCCGCCUUCUCCUCGAGCGUCGUCGGACCCACCGGUCCCGAUCCUAAAGAGCGGCAGCGAGACAUCCUGGCAGCCACCACCGUCAUCAACGUUGUUGGUAGGAUGACGGUCGAGCACAUGGAUUUCCUCAACCCCUCCUUCAACCUUCACACGUUCCGCAUGACGGCGCAUUCCGAAUGGGUGCACGUCCAGGACCGUUUGAACCUCUCGGUCGAACGUAUUGUGUUUUUUGGCGACGUAGACAUCCGAUUCGGCGUCGUCGUGAACACGAAUAACAACCUGCGCAAAGUCGUCGUCCACGUGGGUUCGGAAGAGGAGAUCCCAAUUCGGAAACUUCGCGAUAUCACGUGGAUGUGCCGACCAAGGCCAACUCCUCCAUCGCGACUGGUCCUCAUCAGCGACCAAAAUGGCACGCAGCCCUUUUGGGUCCCCUUCUUCGAUGUCAAUCUCGGUCACCGAUUCUCGCAGAUUACAUUCGUCGACUUCCACUGCGACCUGAGCCACGACCACUCGAGUGACCCUGCUGCGUGUGCCGUUCGGAUCCCAGCAUACCUUCAGGAGUUGAUUGAGACAGAGACCGAAGACGCGCCGCGCUCCCGGGACCUCUCUGCUAAAUUCAACUUCAUGUCUCGCGAGCAAUACUUCGCCACUCUGUCCGCCGAAGACGUCCAGCUUGAAACUGUAGACCUUACCGUUUGA